AGUUUUGGCUCGAAUCUAAUUCUAUCAUUCAUAUUCCACUAUCGGCAUUUCUCCGUAGGAACAGAUUUUGAAUCGAGUUUGGCUGAAAGGAUAUUCUGAGUUCUUAUUGUUCGGGAGCUUGGGUCUUCUUCGCUGUUGCGCCACAGUCCAGUGUUUCAAGAGUAAAGAGUUAUUGUCGUCAUGCCUGACAAUGACAGCGCUAGUGAUAUUGCUGUGGUGGCUGACCGCCACGAUUUUUCUGGACGCACGAAAGAUGAAGGAACCCCAGUAAGCGCACCGACGGAGACGCCCAAGAGUACCGGGACAACAUCAAAUAGUGAUCACACCGACGAUGCAGGUGUUAGUCCUCCAGGAGUUAUGAUCCGCUUUGUCAAUGCAAGCGAUGACUCGGAAUACAAAAGCGUCAACUCUUUUUAUCAUGCAGCUUGGCUGCGCGCAACCUGUAUGUGUUCCAGUUGCCACGAUGUUUCCGAGCAACGUCUGUUUCUACCAUGGGAUGUUAUGCCAGGAGCUUCUGCUAACAAGAAAACAAAACCUUCGGGAGAAACCGAAAUCGCUGCAUUGUGUGGUCCGAUGAUCCAGCAAGUCAAGGUUGUAGACGUAAAUGAUAGAGCAAAUAUGGUCUUCGAUUCCAGCAAAUCAUCCCGCGUUUUGGACUUCAGUAAAAGCUCCGAUAGUCUUUCCAGUGCAACUUGUGGUCUGAGAAGAGUAGCACAUGUAGAUUUGGACAGUAUUUUACGCGGAUGUAGCGAGUGCAUCAGCAAACUGGCGUUGGUUACCACAGUGGUUUCGGGCUCGGAUUCCGACUCGCAUGACUGUUAUCAUCCGCUUAAGUUUUUAUGGAAUUACAGAUAUUCUUGCACAGAACAUCCAACCGCCGCAGAUCUUACAGCAUCGAAAAAACUGCCUAUCUGUGUGUAUGGAAAUCACCCAGAGGCUGUGCUGUGCACGGAUUAUCCCGCGGAAGUUCGCUUUGCAGAUUUAUUUUCGAAGGCAGAGUUGGCUAAGUCUCUCUCUACAGAGUCCACUGCGUCAGAAUCACUUGAAGGCGGCAUGAAUGAAAUCAAGAAGGUGCAAUACAACUUUCUCAAGCACUUGAUUAAGAACGGCGUCGUCUGUGUCACUGGCGUCCCCAACCAAGAAGAUAUUGUGACCGAAAUCGCCUCUCGUAUUGGGCCGGUGCAAUCUACGAUUUACGGCGAUACCUUCAAGGUAGAAGCUAAAGCUAACCCGGAAAACAUCGCGUAUUCUCCACUCGGGUUGGCGCUACACAUGGACUUACUUGCUUAUGAAGGUGCUCCUGGAAUACAGCUUCUCCACUGUCGUGAGUUCGAUUCGGACAUUGAAGGUGGUUAUUCUCUAUUUGCAGACGCGUUUGCUGCUGCUCACCGUUUACGUGCAAAACAUCCAGAGCAUUUUCAAACGUUAACUCGUGUAUAUGCGACAUUCCACAAGAAUAACAAGUCACAGCACAUGGUGUUUCGGCGCCCGCAUAUUGUAGUCGAUGACUUGGGAAACAUUGUCCAAGUGAACUGGUCUCCGCCUUGUGAGGGCCCCUUGCAAACGUCGGCGGAAAAUGUUAUUCCCUAUUUGGAAGCGUAUAAAGCCUUGGCUCUGGAGAUCAAUGAGUUGGGUCCUAGGUUGAGGUUCAGAUUGGAACCGGGAACGUGUGUGGUAUUUCUCAAUCGCCAAAUGUUACAUGCGAGAGAAGAAUAUUUCAGGCCACGCGACGAUGCAAAACGCUUGUUGCAGGGCUGCUACGUUUCCCAGGAUGACUUUCUGAAUCGAUAUCGUAUACUCGAGCGAGAAUUUGGCGGACGCCGUUAGGUCGGCAUCAUAACAGGGGCGCAGGCCCGAAUUUCAAGCGGCAUCGUAUGAUUUAUCCUAAGAGAUCUCUGUUCUUUCUUGCAGGUGGGUUCGUCUGCAUACGAAUCUGAGUAUGUACAUAUAACGGCGCACCGGGUCCGGGGGCCCGGGGCCGGGACCCCGACCACAAAUGUGGGCCCCGGGGGGCCCGGAGGCUCGUCGGACCGCCGGACGCCGUCCAAGAUCCUUCGCAGGCGGCUUCGGAACGCGCUCCGAUGGCUCCAGAUGCCUUCCAAGACGCCUGUCAUGACACCAAGAAGAUGAUCAGUCAGCUCUGUGCUGGGCGACUUCUGUAUAAACACAAAUGCAUUCGGCUCGCGAUGGAAUCGCUUGAGCUUAGCCUGUGGCCCGUUUGGGGUGCGUGUCGCGCUCUGGGUAAUUAAACUCUUUACCCGCACGUCCCGCGUGCGCGAGGCAUUAGAGCUUGCACCAGCAGGCAUAUUACCAGCGCCGACAGCUUCGGUUGAAAAGGCUGUCGAAGGCCUGCAUAAGUUAGGCAUUCUCCCAUGCUUCUGAGUGGGAAAAAAACGUGAGAAUGAUACACAUGCCGCUUCAAACUUAAAGCCGAACUAUAAACGAUAUUUAACAAAAAGGCCCGAUGGAAAGAG